CUUACAUUAAGCGUUCAUAGACUUGGACCGAGCUCGCUUUGCCCGCUCGCUGGCUCUUUGUUCCUGCUCAUCAUGCCUUCACCACCACCAAAGAUCCCACCUCACGCUCCUCCCGGUUUCAUCCCUCCCAAACCUCUUUCCGAACGGAGACCGCCCAGCAAAAUACCAUUGGAUCGAGUUGCCAGAUUGACAUUUGCCGAUAUUAUCCAUCGAACGGCGGUUUUGAGUUGUAUAGGCAUAUCGAUCUUUGGAGGAGGAUUGGCAGUACAUGGUGUCCUUACGAGGUAUAGGAAGACGAAAGCGGGAGAAUUGGACGCUCUACAGAAAGCAGUGAGCUGAUUGAUAUCUUGAGACUUGGUACGAUCGAGCUGACACACGCUCUACAAGGGCUCACCGCCGAUAGAGCAAGCAGCUGGAUCAUUAGAGAAACCUCAAGUCAUGCCAUCAUGAACGAUUUUAUUUUGUAUCGACAAUUUCCAUUGCAUUCCACUCAUUCAUCGAAGACUCCCGCCAUAGGCGCUCUGCAGGCUGUUCUCAAAACCCACAUUGAUUUUUGAGGAAUCAUCAUCGACAAAUUGCUCAUUCCGAUU